AUGGUCCACUGGCACUCGUUACCUGCCGAGAUCCGCUGCAUGAUCUUGGAGACCCUGAUAGCACACAAAGGAACCGGACUCUUCGCUUCCGUCUCAAAUGAAUGGCGAACAUUCAUUGAACAGAAGACAUUUUCUCACAUCAGACUUCACCCCGAGUGUCUCGACCACCUCGAGCAGCUCAACAAUCACUAUAGGGGGCUGAUUAGGCAUCUCUGGCUCAAUAUAAAGCUCAACGGAUAUACCUGUCGAUCAUGCCGGAAGAGAGAGUCAAUGACAUUGUCAUACUCCAUUGCAAGAAUCCUGAGAGAAGCCAUCACUAGGCUGUUCUCCGUCUUGACAAUUUGGAGGGAGCCUUUGACUCUGGAAUUUAAUGUUUACUGCCCGAGCGACUCACAGCACUGGUUUAAGAAUAGUUACUUUGGAGCUCCUGGCGAAGAUAAAUUCGAGUGUCAAGAGCCUAGUGACGAUCCCAUCCACGAUCCCGACCACGGGUGGUUUGAAGGUACUAUCACUGAAGCGCCACCAGACGAUGCUCUACGACGCCCUUUUGGACUAUCUGAGUUGAGAUUUCCGGAGAGUCUCCCUUCGGUCAAUGCCGUGACUAAAUUUGUCUUACGCCGCCAGUGCCGUCAGCAACUCAAUCCUGAAAUUUUACAGUAUCUUUGGUCAAGGUUACCAAACCUGGAGGAGAUCAGCUACGAACCGUGGCAGUCACACAUGAACCCAGUACAGCAAGUCUCGGAUAUAGGCAACAUCCCAGCAAGUGUUAAAAAAGUCACCAUAUUCGAAGAUUUUAAUGAGAACUUUCUGGAACUAUAUGCUCUUGGUAGAGGCAUUUCAGCAUACCUAAAUCCAGAACGAGUCAGACUUCCUUUUAGCGUGCUGGGCGCGGCAUCUGCCAUGAGAAGUCAGCGGCUCGAACAUCUUUCCGUCGCGUUCAUGAUCGAUGCUCACCAUUUCUUCGACGCAUGCCUAUCAAGUUGGAGAUGGCCUCGGCUGAAAACUCUCACAUUGACAGCCCGGGGGAUCGCCAUGGAUAGCGUCCGUCAGACCAACAAGAUCUUCCAAACUGCCGCACGAGUCGCACUCAACAUGCCUGAGCUUCAGACACUGAUUAUAUGGCACGGAGAAAGGAGAGAAGCUUGUGCUUUUACCUAUCGCCGAGCUCAUGGUUCGAUAUGCUGGCAAGGCACACGAGAUGUGAGGCUGGAGGUGAAGACUCUUGAGGCUUGGGAGAAAGUAGCCGUCAAAUACACUGGGAGAGUGCUCACAGUUGACACAAAGCUGUUCAUGGAGGAUAUCACGUCUCAUGGGGAUGCUGUUCAUCAUUUGGGUCUACAUCAUGUCGUCGACAGAGUGUCGCUACAGCAAAUUCGAGUUGAGAACCGAGUUUCUUGGCUUACAGUCAUAUAG